ACCAUCAAUCCCAAACCAGGAAUCAACUGAACCACAACUCUUAAGAACCGUAACUGAGAUUCUAGCGAAAGAUACAACUCCACUUGAGUCACUCACUCCACACAUUCGACACCUCAAUCAGCCACUCCUCCUCUCUCUUCUCUCUUCCAAAUCCCUAUCCCAGAGAUCCAACACUGUCCUCUCCUUCUUCAAAUGGGCCCAGUCCCGUUUAUUUCCCUCUCUCACAGAAUCCCCUCUCCCUCUUCUUUCUCUCCUCCCAUCACUCUUUCAAUAUCACAGUACUUGGACGCCAAAUCUUUACUCGUUUCUUUCAUCAACUCUGAUCGCCAACACGUUCUUCAUAGCUAUAUUUUUAACCCCAGUAUCUGGAACCCCAAGAUAUAUGGUAUUAAGCUGUCGAAACCGCUAUUCGACACGUGUAUUAGUGCUAUGUUGAGUCCGAGAAGCCCCCCUUGGCUGCUCAGAUUUUCAGUAAAAUUAAGAGGUUGAAAGUUUAGCCUAGAUUGUUGACUUGCAAUGCGCUUAUUAAUGGACUGGUAAGAAACCCUUCUUCGCAAUCAAUUUUGCUUUCUAAUAGAGUUUUUAAAGAUAUGACUAGUGUUCUUGGAGUUAAACCUAAUACUAGUACUAUUAAUGUGUUGAUAUAUGGAUGUUGCUUGGAGAAUAAGUUUGUGGAUGCACUUGAGUGGCUGAAAAAAAUGGAGGGUUUUGGUUGUUUACCUGAUAAUGUAACGUAUAAUUCGAUAUUGGAUGCUUUGUGUAAGAAAGGUAGGUUGAGUGAGGCUAGGAAUUUGUUGUUAGAUAUGAAGAAUAAAGGAUUGUUACCCAAUCGGAGCAUAUAUAAUAUUUUGAUAUGUGGGUAUUGUAAGUUGGGGUGGUUGAAGGAGGCAGUGAAGGUGAUGGAAUUGAUGACAUUGAAUAAUUUGUUGCCAGAUGUUCGGACAUAUAAUAUGUUGAUUGAUGGGAUGUGUAAUGACGGAAAGUUGGAGGAUGCUUUUAGGUGGGGGAAUGAGAUGAAGAAUUUGAAGUUGUUACCUAAUGUGGUUACUGAUGAUACUAUGAUUAAUGGGUGUUUUGAAUCGGGUAGUAGUUUUGAGGCAUUUAAGUUGAUUGAUGAAAUGGGUGAGAAAGGAGUGAAGCAGGAUGCAGUUACUCAUAAUAUUAUAAUUAAGUGGUAUUUGAAAGAAGGCAGAACAGAAGAAGCGAGUAAUACUAUGAGGGAAAUGGAAGAAAGUGGGUUUCCACCAGAUACUGUUACUUACAAUACUUUGAUAAAUGGAUAUUGUCAAAGCAGGGAAGAUGGAUGA